AACGCACAGCAUUUCGGAUUCCGGAGAGAUCAACGAAUCUGGAAUGGUGAAGGUGAAGGAGGAGGUGGUGGGCGAUGAUUCGGCCAGCAUGGAGAUGAAGCGCCAGCGCUUCCGGCAGUUCAGAUACCAGGAAGCCGAAGGCCCCCGCGAGGUGUGCAGCCAGCUGUGGUACCUCUGCCACCGGUGGCUGAAGCCGGAGAGGCACACCAAGGAGCAGAUCCUUGAACUGCUGAUCCUGGAGCAGUUCUUGGCCAUCUUGCCCCCGGAGAUCCAGAGUUGGGUGAGGGAACACGAGCCGGAGACGUGCUCUCAGGCGGCUUCCCUGGCCGAGGACUUCCUGCAGAUGCAACAAGAAGCUGAGAGAAGGGAACAGCAGGUGUUAGGCCUGUUCGAGAUGGACAACGCCGAUUCCCCCGAGGCCGAGGUGGAGCAGCCUCCUUCAGAGGCCGUGGUGAAGCCCCUCUUCAGAGAAGCCAAGCAAGAGACCGACGAAGAAGUGAGCCAUUUGGGGACCCUAGGGCCGGUGGAACCCCGGGCGGGCGGCCCCCUUCCCCUCUACCCGGAGGAAGGCAGCUCCGACGACGAGGGCCUAUUGGACCUGGUCUAUGCCGCCAACCUGGAGAUCCACAGCCGGCGGCCACCCCGACGGACCCGCCUCAUCCGCAUGCGCACGCACGAGCUCCAGGUGUCGGACGAGGAGUGCCUGACCCGCUUCCGGCUGGACCGCCAGGCCGUCCAAGACCUGUGCACGCUGCUGGCGCCCUACCUGGAUGGAGCCUCGGCCAGCCGCCGGCACAUCCCGACCUUGCAGAAGGUGCUGAUCGCCCUGCAGGUCCUGGGCACCGGCUCCUUCCAACGGAUGACGGGCGACAACCUCCGGGUGUCCCAGUCCUCCGUCAGCCGCUGCCUGGAUGCGUUCCUGGAGGCCAUGCUCCGCCACGUCCACGAGCACAUCACGUUCCCCACCACCGACUCGGAGCUCCGCCGCACGAGGGACGCCUUCUUCGACAUCGCCGGCUUCCCGAAUGUCAUUGGGAUCGUGGACUGCACGCACGUGCCCAUCAUCGCCCCGGCCGAUAUGCCGGCCCUCUACCGCAACUGCCACAACUUCCACAGCCUGAACGUGCAGGCCACCUGCGACGCCUCGGGGUGCUUCACCCACGUCUUGGCCAAGUUCCCUGGGAGCGUCCAUGACGCCCGGAUAUUCCAGCUGUCCCAGCUGCAGAGGCUGCUGGAGUCGUGGCCUGAAGGGAAGGGGUGGCUUUUAGGUGACUGCAGCUACCCCUUGCGUCCUUUCCUGAUGACGCCCCAUCCUGAGGAUGGCCCAGAGCCCGUGGCACGUUACAAUGCCACGCACGAGACGACGCGGAUGGUGGUGGAGAGGGCCUUUGGGCAACUCAAGAUGAGGUUCCGGUGCCUCCACUCCACUGGAGGCCGGCUCAUGCUCCGCCCGGAGAAGGUGGCCAAGGUGUUUGUAGUGUGCGCCAUGUUGCACAACAUGGCCCUGCGGCGUCAGUUGCCCAUCCUCAAUGGCGGACAAGGGGUGGAUACUGAGGUUCCCGUACCCCCGUAUCUGGAAACGGAUGGCGUUGUAGAGCAAGAUCCUCGUGGGGUGGAGGUUCGAGAUCAAAUCAUUAGCACUUAUUUCUCUCAAUAAAUCCAACUUUCAGUAGA